GUGUAUAUGUAUCUUUGCAAAUUAAUAAGUUAAAAAUAAAAGAUAAAAAAUAUUGAGGAAUUCGAAUUAAGAUGUGGAAGCUUUGUGGGAUGUCCCAAGGGAGCUUAGUAAUGGAAUUUUAAUGUGUUCUGUUUUGUAGUUGCAGCUUUAUGUAUUCGACUUGAAAAUUCGACAUGAAAACAGAAUCUCCGGAAGGAAUUAGUAAAGCAUCUGUGCAGUAUGUGUCAAACGAAAGUGAUACUGAAAGCUCUCAGUUAGUUCAAGAAACGAAUCUUGGCCUCAUUUGCUGCAACAGUGAUUUAGCCAAUAGCUUUCAACGUAUGAAGGAUACUGGUGGGGUGAUGGGCCACACAAGUCGUUAUUUGCACAAAGUGUUUGGUAACGUGAAUCAUAACUCAAGGAGCAGAAGCCUGCCCAGCUCUCUAGAUAAUAAACAACCGCCAGCAAAUGGAUGUGAUGCUGACCCCGCCCACAGGAUGGAUGUUAGCGAUGACGUAAAGUGCGCGUGCUCUGUGGCUUCAGAUGGAACAAGUGUCCACCCUCAGGAGGUGCAAGUUAGUAAUUCGCAUUGUAAGCAGUUAUGUGAUUCGUGGUUCCGAACAUGGCCUGAAAGAGGCAGUGAUAAAGUUGUAGCUGGAAAGUCCAAAUCGGUAUUGAAUAGCAAGAUUUCUUGUAAUACGCAACCCAGAUGUUCCUGCCCCGUUUCAGUUGGGGAAAAUUCAGAAGUGGAGUCACCUUUGGGUCUUAACUCGAUUCCUGAAAACCCCUCCAAGUGUUUGGUAUGUAGACAUGGAAUUAAUGCACCAGCAAACAGUUGCCAAAACACUUGUGUGGAACAUAAAAUGGAUCUACCUGUAUCACUGGAUAAGGCAGUAGAUUCUUUAAGUCUGGAAUCAGACCAGUUUGAUUCUUCAAAUAUGUCUGUUUCUCUAUCAGAAGUCCUACAAAACAUUCCUUUAGCAUAUAGUCCAGUUACGAAACAGUUGCAUAUCCUUACAAAGGAUAGCAGCUCCAAGCAAGAGCCAUUAUCGCAAAAUAAUUGCUAUGCUGCAAAACAGCUGGAAAGUAUCGAAGAAGAGAAGUGCAGUAGAUCAAGUACCAAGCAACGGGAGGAUAGUGGAAUUGUCGUAGGGAAUUAUUGCGAUGAUAGCAUUAGCUAUGAAUCUCCGCACAGUACUUUACAAAGGGUGGGCACCUACGCAACCUCCCUAUCUCGUACUGAUGCUAGCUCUUUUUCUAGUAUAGUUUCAAGCCUCAGUGACACAAGCCCUUCAGUUAGCGCUGAAAAUACGACCGGACCUCACGUUGAUCCAGAUAGCUUGUCUAUGAAUCAUAGUGGGACAGAUAGUUUGGGGUCGUAUGGGGAAGGGAACUGUUUUUUUGAAGAAAGUGGUGUCAAACCCAAGAGGAGAGGCUUGUCUGGUUUUUUUGCUCGGAAUGUGUUUGCGUGGAAGUCGAAAGGCGAAGUGCAGAGCUCAGGCGGUCCAGGAUGGAGGUUGUUCGGGAAAACUAUGUGCAAGCCGGUCGACGAGUCAGAUCCGGGGGGCAGCCUGCCCGCGUCCCCGGCCAGCGUCCGCUCGGACGGCAGCGGCAAGCGGCACGAGGGCGUGGUCGCCAGCAGCUCGGCUCUGAUCCAGCACGCGCGCCCGCCCAGCCUGCCCGCCAAGUCCCGGGACGAGCAGCUCAGGCACCAGCAGGAGUACCAGGGCAUGGUCGAGGCCGCCAGGAAGAAAGAGUUGAAAGAAGCCAAGCAUCGCAAGAAACAGCUGCAGCAGCAGUUGAGGUUUGAGGAGAAACUUGCGAACGCCGCUCGCGUCUGGAACAACGAGAUUCUGCCCAAAUGGGACCACAUGAAGUCGUCCAAGAAAGCGCUGGAGUUGUGGUGGAACGGGAUACCGCCUUCAGUGCGUGGUAAGGUGUGGAAGCUGGCUAUCGGGAACGACCUGAACAUCACGCAUCAGCUGUACGACAUCUGCGUGGCAAGAGCUCAGGAACGUCUGAAGGCCGCGGAAUAUGGUUCUAAGGUUAAGAGUUUCGGCUCAGAUGGAAACUCCUCAACCAAACUGGAAGAAAUGGAUAAAGAAGCGAGUGUUGAACUUAUUCAAUUGGACAUUUCGCGGACAUUUCCUAAUCUUUGUAUCUUUCAAAAGGGAGGCCCGUACUACGACAUCCUGCACAGCCUCCUGGGGGCGUACGUCUGUUACCGCCCGGACGUCGGCUACGUGCAGGGCAUGUCGUUCGUGGCAGCCGUGCUCAUCCUGAACAUGGAGGCGGCCGACGCCUUCGUCUGCUUCACGAACCUGCUCAACCAGCCGUGCCUCAUGGCCUUCUUCCGCCUGAACCAGCCCAUGAUGCACGCCUACUACCACACGUACAACGACUUCUUCCACGAGAACCUGCCGCGGCUGUUUGCGCACUUCCGGGAGAGCGCCCUCUCCGAGGACCUGUACCUGCUGGACUGGAUGUACACGGUGUUCGCCAAGGCGAUGCCGCUCGACGUGGCCUGCCGGGUGUGGGACGUGUUCCUCCGGGACGGCGAGGAGUUCCUCUUCAAGACGGCCCUGGGGGUGCUGCACCUGCACCAGGAGGCCCUCAUGAAGAUGGACUUCAUCCACGGAGCGCAGUUCCUGACCAGGCUGCCUGACGGCCUGGCCGCCGACGAGCUCUUCCGGUCCAUCGAGACCAUCAAGAUGAACGUCGGCAAGCGGACGUUCUCCGAGGUGCUGGCGCACCACGCGGGGCAGGGCGAGCACGUCAGCUGAGGUAUUGUGAUACAUUAACAAAAUUUAUUAUUAAUAUGAGCCUUAUAAUUGUCCACUACAUCUUCAGUUCGGUCCAUUGAAAUGUUUCUGUCCAGCUGACAGUAAGUUCAUGGGUGUCCUAAGUAAUGUUAAUGAUAUUUAACUUGUAAAGUGAUUUAUGAAAAAAAAUUAAAUGGAUGAAAUUUUAGGAGGCAAAUGGUUUACAUAAACUUGUAUAAAACAUUUUAUAUGAAGAUUGUUUUAGUUAGGUAUUUGUACAUUGAGUAAAAUGGUUUACUGUGUAAAUCAUGCUAUAUUUCUUGAAAGUAUAUUUUGUAAAAGUAUAACUUUCCGUGCAAAGUGUUCAAGAUCUCAGGUUUUAGGUAACUUCUGAAGUUGUAUUGAUUGAAGACACUAGAAGUAUGUAUUAUGAAAACAGUUGUUUUAUAAAACUUAGUUGGAGAGUAGCAUAAAAGAUGUGUGGGAUAGGAUUGAUUGUAAAAUGAAUAUGAGAAUUUAAAAAAGUUAUGAUUUUUCAUGAAUUUUAUAUUUAAAUAUAUGCUCUAAUGUUUUAUAAUAUGCUGUAUAUAUGGUCCUAAAAUUAGGGUAUUUUAAACCCAAAAAGAAUGUUUCUUCUAACAGAAUCAGCGUUGCUAGUUUUACAUUGUGUUAUAGUGGUUUGCAAUUAACGUACGUAGGGAGUGAUAAUGUAAUCAUGCUUUUGCUUGUAGCCUGAUGACAUGUUCCAUAUUUUAUUGGAAUUGUUGUAAACGUGGAAAUGAGCAUUGUUAUUAUGUGAGAAAUUGUUUGGAAUUUGCUUGUUUAAGCAAUUUUUUUUUCUACCAGUCCCAACAAAUUUCCAAUUUUUUUAAAUUUACCUUGUUUUUAAGAGUGAUAUUUAAUGUGUAGCGUUGUGUUCAGCUAUUAGCACUUAUUUACUUUUCUUAGCACCUACUAUGAGAACAGUUAGAUUUUUCAAAAUUUGUGCUGAGAAAUGUGAGGCAUGAAACUUUACUAAGGUGUUUUCAGAAACCUUACUCGUUGGGUUGACUUUGUUUACAAUACCACAUGAUCAAGUUAACAUUUCAGUUUUAAAACUUUCUUGCAAAUUUUUAAAUGGAGGCAGUCAUACAAAUUUUGAAACACAGGCAGUUCAAAAAUGAAAAUAAUUUUUUUUAUGUUGCAUCUGUUAAAUUAAUUCAAACACUGGUAAACUACCAAUGGUUACAUUUCUGUAUGGUCAGGGUAAAUGUAUGCUGAUGAAUUUAACCUGGUAAGGUUUUUGUAAGCACCUAAAGAUAGAUGUGCUUAAAGUCAUUCUGUGCCUCACUGUGUACAACUCUUUUUUAGCGAUUUGGAAGCCUUUAGCAGCAACACUGUUGAAUCCAUAAAUUUAAUGGAGUUGUCUGUUGCCUGAAGAAUUUCUGGAACAGUUCCGAUGUUAAUGCCGCAAUAAAAGGUGUCUUCAGCUUAGGAAUCCAAUCAGUCACAUGGUCUUAAGUCUUGUUAUAAGGGGGGGGGGGGGGUAACCGUGGUAAAGCCCCGCCCAUCCUGAUUGAUCAAACAAAUUGCAUGCGCUCGAGCAUCGGUCACCAAACCGAUGGGUGACUUCUAUAGAGAUUUGACCUUUUUUGCCCCCUCCUUAAGGUGAGCACAAUUAGCAUUGAAAUAAAAGGACCAGUAAUUAUUUGGGGUGUGCGACGCUUCGAAAAGUUGAAGUCGUACCGAAGACUAAAAUUCUUCUUCCUCUUUGGGAAAACUUGAAAAACUUUGAUGAUUCUGAAAAUUUUGUUCUUAGUGCAGAAUAUGCUAAAAAGCUGGACUUUAAUUUGAAUUUUUGGGUUUUUCACUUUUCUGAUUUCAAGUCUUUCUGCCAGGAAGUUGCCAUCUUUACUAGGGCAUCCUCAUUGGGCAUCGAUAGGUUUGUUACUCGUUAUAUCAGUGUGUCGCGUCCGUAAUUCCUGCCGUUCUCCUGGCCCAGCAUCACGCCACCUUCCCGCCAAAAUAUCACCAACUCAGUUUUGCACAUGCCCGUGCCAAUCCUUCCCCGCGCUCCCCUUGCCCAAGUCCUUUUCUGCGAUUGUGCAGUGUCCCUUCUUAGAGACAAAUAAUGCCUCUGCUUGAUACAGACUGUUUUCCCUUCCUCUCGCUUUAAAACUCCAGAUUUUGAACGAUUGUCCAUGGUCUGCGAACCUCAGGCUCCCGUCAAGACGCCAUGAGAACUGUUCCUCACUCUGUGGCGGCCAGUCGACCCUCUCUGUGCUCGUCGGUGUUCCGUGUUUUGGGCGAUGCGUGGAACAGUUUGCUCGAACACGAUGUGGUGACUUGCUUCGGGGAAUCUUCCCCGAGAGACUUCUUCAACUUUUGAAGGUUUUACUGGUCGGCUAGUUUUAUUUUCAUCUUCGUCACUCUGCACUGCCACUUCGCGUGUUCCCGUGCUGCUGUCUCCGUGCCUGCUUCCUGUGUCUCGAGGACGUGAUCUGAGCCCGCGUCAUUGUGGGUUUGUGAGGGAGUUUUGCGAGAACGGGCUCGUGAAUUCCAGUUCAGCAAUAACAAUCUGUAAUUUCCAGUUUCCUCUCUGGAUGGUGUCCUGUUUGCCUUCAUUAAUAACAAGCUGCCAUGCCGUCUACGCCGUGUUCCCAGGCGCCAUGAUGAUCUACAUCUAACAGCUAAGGGAAAAUUAAUGAAUUUUUCUUUAUUAUAAUAACCAAGAGCCCUGAAAGUAUAUUUAACAUGACUUAAAUAUUUGAAAGCAACUAUAUAAAAUGUAAAAAACAAUUAAAUUAUUAAAAAAUAAAUUCACAAAUUAGGGUACCCAUUGAUUAAUUUAGUUUAUUCUGUACAUUUUCUGUAUCCAUUACAACUUCUUAUAUACUACAUGGCAGACUCUUUAAAUGUUGGACCAGUAAAAUAAAAAAAUCUCAACUUUGUUUUGUUAUUUCUUAAAACAUGAUAAUAUAAUUUAAAUCUUUCUGGAAGUAGUUAACGAAAGGAAACUAAUUAAUUUUGAAGUGGGUAUUGUAAACACCCUCUCAACCUCUGAUUUUAUGACAAAGUAAGUGUUUUUCCAAUACGCAUCCAAGUUUUGUAUUAAAUAAUAAGUAAUAGUAAUAAAGAAUAAUGUUACAAAAUGUACUUCAACAGUUAAUUUUGCUUUUACAUAAGUUAUUUUUGGCUUAGCUGUUUUGCUUUUUAUUUACAUAUAAUGGCAGUUUGUUAGAUUGCUAAAUGUUUCCCACAUUGCGUGUGGUAUGCAAGAUGUGCUGAUUAAACACCAACUUAAGCAUUCAACAUUUAUCUUUGGAUUUUUUCGUAAUGUAGCAAAAUAUUUAGAUAAUCUUCGACAUUGUCUUUGACUUUGAUUUGAAUUGGAAAAAAAAAAGUCUUUGCAUACCCCUAGACUACUAAUUAUGCAUAUCACAGUUGUUUAUUAGUUAUUUUAAUGAGUAGCAUACCCUAUCACAUUCAUAUAAGUGAAUGACCAAAAAUAAUGGUGUUACAAUUUUUUUCUGACAUUUUCAUAUUAUUUUGUUGGCACUUUGUUCAUAGGUGUCUUAGAAUAAUGUAGUAUUGUGAGUUAAAGGUGCUAGAACUUUAAGGAGUCAAAUAAAUUAUACUGUAUCUCUGUAGCUCUCUAAAGACCCUUUCACACUGUCAUCUCUCAUAACUAUUAUUUGACAGUCAAAUUGGAAGUCUAAUAAUAGACUAAAUAUGGCUUUCAAAUUUCUCCAUCAAAUAAAAUUGGACAGAUAAUGUCAAACUUGUUUGAAAUACUGUGACACUAUCAAAGAUAAUUAUUCUGUUUAACUUACAUAGCUCAAAAAAUUAGAUUUUAACUUUAAUAAAUUAUUGUAAAAUUACAAGAAAGUUCUGGAUGGAAAUGUGAACAUGUUAUGUUUUUUUUAUGCAUUUAAUAACAGCUAAAAUAAAUGUCAUUAUCAGUCACAAAAUUACUUGUUUUGUUAUAAAAUUAAUAUUCUGCAAUCUUUUUGAAAUUAUUGACACAUUCACUUUUUUCCCGCAAAUUUGCUUUGAAAACAUCAUUAUUAUUGAUGUGAACAUAUAUUUUACUUUUAUAAUCUUUCAUUUAAUUCCCAUAUGUUCUUAAACAUUUUAAAUAUUUUGAAAUUAAUUCCAUUUUGCUGGGCACAUUUCUGAUUCUGUCAAACAUUCAAUACAUUUUUAGAACCUUUGAUGGACACUGAGGUCAACUGUGAAAAAAAGGCUGUGCUAGUGAAGUUUUCAUUGUCGUGCUAACCACCCAACUAUAUAUAUUACUAACAUUAUUGAAAAGUGAUGGACGGGAAAGUUUCGAGUGUGACUACUUUAAAGAACAUGUGUAUUUUACAAAUUGUAAACCUAUGUAAACUGCAGUCAUACGUGUUUACAAGUCAUAAAAAGUUGUCAUUUAAGGUACCUAUGUAGUUUGUGUACAUAUUUAUCUGUCCAUUCAUUUGAAAAUCCAUCCAUAAAUUUAUAUUAAUUCCAUCCAUCAUGAUGUCUAAUCAAAAGUCUCUAUCACGAUGGUAAACCUUAUUAAGCUACAGUAUUUUAUGUUUUCGCAUCGCCAUUAGUAUGUAGUAUGAUAAAUAGUAACUAUGUAAAUAAAGCUUUUUUUAUUUAUUUAUCUUUAAAUAUAGAUAAUAUAGUUAGUAUUACCAGUGAUUAGGUCUGCAUUAUUAUGUUGCUUUUACUGCUGGACAUAAAUAUAUAGUUUAUCUGUGUUAAUUGAAUCUCCCUUUACAGCUGUUUGUAUGUACGUACUCAUCUUGUUCAUAUAUCCAUGUUUUGGAAAUAAGUUUUUUUUUAAAAUUAUGCCUCUGUUAAGUGUUGAAAUAAUUACUGUGUAUGUGUGCUUACAAGACAGUAAAAGUGUUGUCAGUCACGAGAAAUUCAGUUUUAUGCGCUUAAUCUUAAAGGAAAUACCUAAAUUUGGGAAUAAUAAAAAAAAGUAAUUGUAUUGAAUCGUUAACAAGAAGUCCGAUCGGCUUUACAUCAUCACACGCAUUGCUGAAGAAAGUUUUACUGUAUCUGCUUGAAAUUUUUUGACAUAGUUUAAAAUUAUGAACUGUCAUUAAUAAUGUACAUGAAUUCGAUUUUUUAAUGCAAAUCAAACAUUUUUUUUGUAAUUUGCUUCUGCAGAAAAAAAUAUUUAUUUUCAAAUUUAAUAUUAUUAAUUAUUAUGAAUACUUUAAAUAUGAAGCUACAUAUAUGUUGGUUAUUACGUUAUUAGCGCUGAAAAUUUACAAAACAAAAUGUUUUGAAUAAUUCUGCAUUCUCUCACAGCUUUUCUCAUCCCAUACUUUAUCUUUCUUACUCAAUAAAUUUACAAACAAUAUUCAAAAAGAUUUGAAAGUUUUCAUUUACUGUUUAUUUAUGUUUACAAUAUAUGGGGAAUGUUAAUUUUAAGUGCUUUUGUUUAAUCCAUACAUUUUUUAUUACUUAUAUGUACAUAUACUAGUAAGUUUAUAUGUACAUAUACUAGUAAGUUUAUAAUUUUAUAUCGUUUUUAGUUUUUAUUUAUGCAAACAAACACUAAUAUUAUUGGCAUUUGUAAAAAUGUUGAGAAGUUUAAUGGGGUGAUAGAAAAACUUUGUGUUUUUUAAAUCCCCAAUUAAUUAUUCAUAAGAAAGUUCUACAUGGUUAAAAACUGGAUUGAAACAAACAAUUUUUCCCCAUAAAAUUUGGUAUUUUUGUAUUGUAUUGAAAAACCUACAUCAAAUUCUUUAUGUAUACAAGAAUUUUUCUUCAGCUUGAAAUUAUGAUGUUGUGAUCCUCAAAAAUCACAUAAUUUUUUCUUAUUUUAGUAGGGAUUUUUGUUAAUGUUCAUUAAUUUUUGUACUGUAUAUGAGAGAAAGUUUAUUAGGGAAUGAUGUAUACAACUAAAAGGUCAAGGGAAUUGGAGAAGGAAUUUACUAUGUAUGACCUUUGGUUACUUGGUUAGGCUUGCUUACCACUUUUCUGUUUGCUUUUUACAUAGCUCAUAGUUUUACAGAAAAACUAUGUUAUAGUCCAAGAGAUGGCCAACUUCACUCUUUUCAAAGGCCAUACGUCAUUCUUCAAAUUAAUCAGAGGGCCAAACACAAAUAAAUAUCAGAUUUCUAACAAUGGUUUUUAAUGUCACAUUAUUCUGUAAAGUAACCAAUAUUUAAAAAAAUACUAAAGAAAAACCUUUUCAAAACAUUUUCUGUGAAAAUACCAUGGCGUCAUAACUGUGUUUGCUGACAACUUAUCCAACAUGUAGGCAAAAAAGGAUGGCUAGUAUGUGAGAGUAUGCCUAAUGUAAUGAUAUUUUAUUGAAAGAUGCCUUAAGUGAGUCGCGUGAAACAGUAUCGUGAGGUGUAUCCGGUCCGUGAGCUGACAAUUGGCCAUCACUGGUAUUGCAAGACACAAAAAUAAGGGUUUAUGUGUUGAAUAAGCUACACCUUUACCCUAAACGUAUUCCUAUUGCACGAUAGGACAUGACCAGUCCCUUACUUUUAGGGAUUUUGGUGUCCUAUCCAUUGCUGAUCUGUCGCCCAAAUUUGCGCAUGCGUAGAGCCCACUAUUAACAGCGAGCAUCACACUUAUCAUCCGGUAUCAUAAACACAAAUACACGCCUCUUAAUCUGUUUUCGUUGACAAUCUGGAAUUAAAAACAGGUAAAUGGUUAUACAGGCGAUCCAUACUGGGCAUUCGCCGUCUGUGGGUUUUCGCAAACAAGAAGCAAGAAAAUGUAGUUAAAAAAUUUUGUAGCUAAUCGUAAAACUAUUGUUGAAACAUAUUUAAAAAAAAAUAAAUUAUGGUUUUUCGUUUGCUAAUUUUUAUUAUUGUAGGGUACAGGGGCUCUCCUCCGCCAUGAAAUAUGUAUAAUUCCGAAUAAUUCCUCCCUUCCCCUUCCGUUUUGAGUUGGCUAACCCUUGACUGUAUCUAUCUUCUCUUUGGGGUUUGUUAUGCAAAAUUAUUCAUUAAGAUUAUUCACAAUAAAUUGCUGAGUGGAAACUCGUUUGAGUAUGAACAGAAUGUGUAAAUUAUUCAAUUACCUGAUUGAUUUGAAAAAUGAUGGAAUUCCAGUCAAAAUUUCAAAUCAAGCGUGAAAGCACGUUCACAAAAUUUAUUUUUAAAAAUCUAAUUUGUAGCUCGACAGGAAACCAGGGGAAUAGAACCAUAUUUCCUCACUUACAUUGCAAACCCAGCAUAGACUGUGUGUUGAGAGCUGUUGUUUGUUCUAUGGGUUUUGUGAUUAUUAAUUUGUGAAUAGGUACUCUUGGAGUUCAGAGUGCUAACAAAAAAAAUUGGUAAUUAUGAGAUUCUUCAGUUAUUAGAUUUGAAUGAUUUGGAGUAGUGUGAUGAGUGGCUGUUAUAAAUAAAAGUUAUGUGGACAGAUAAUAUAAUCAAACUUUUAAGAUCAAAGUUUUGCCUAUAAAUCAGAAACAUUUUUUUGAACUGUGUGCCAAAUGUUGAUUAAACUGUAUAAAUAUACAUUUAUUAGAUUGAUUCUUAUGAAGUUGUUUAUUUGAUAUCAUGAUUCUUAAACUAGAAUGUGCAUUUUAAUAAUAGUAGUCAUACAUAAAAAUAGUUUUUAUAAUUGGCCUCUUUUUGUAAUUUGUAAAAGUAAUAUUUAAAAAGUGAAGUAAAGCAGUGUGUAGGAAUCAUCAUAAUCUAAGAGUUAUAAUGUUUUAUAUUCUGUAAUAUCAACCACCUUAUGAAUUCUUUUAUAAAAACUGUAGUAUUAAAGAAAUACUGCCAAUUAAAAUCUACAGGAUUCAUUCUCAGAAAAUUAUGUACCUAAUGUAUAAAUUUUUCCAGUUAGUUUUUUAUUUUAGUGGUUUACAUUCCGUGUAAUAUUUUGAUGUCUGAUGGCUGCCAACAUUGUGAUAAUAGUCCUUGUAAUUAGUGCUGAUGUAUUUCUUGAAUCCAGUUGUAUGUUAUGUUAUGAAAUUUAAGUUGUAUGUAAUCUUAAGUAAUAUUUACACAGGGUUCUAUGAAAUAAAUUUAUAAGAUGUAAUUUUCAAAUGAUUCAUCAACAUCAUUUUUGUAAUCUAAUUUUUUGUAUGUAUUGAAGUGUAAUUUGUGAAUAUAUAUAAUGACUACUGUUUCACAUCGAACUAUUAAUGUAUUUGCCCAGUCACUUUUGAUUAUUUUUCUGCAAUUGACUUAUAUUUUCAUGCAUGUUUCACUAAUAGAACAAUUUUUUUCUGGAUUGAAACAGUGUAAAUAGUUUCACCUUCACUAAAUUUUGACAGAAAAUUUGCCGAACGAAAAUAGUAUGUUAACACGUUAAAUAAUAUUAUGUCAGGUAAUGAGCUGUUGCUAGUUGCCUGUUAGGUUAGUUGCGAGUAUGAAAAAAAAAAUUACUGAAAUUAAAAUUUAUAAUCUUAAAAAACUCAAUUGAGUUCUGUUUUUAUUCAUGCUUUAGAAAUAACUUUUAGUUUUUGUGGAAUAUUUACCAACUGAAAAGUAUUUCAAUGCUAAAUGGUGUAUCAACGUACAUUUCGGUGUCAUUCGGUGUUGACAGUGUUAUUUCGGGUUUAUCGCAAUUCACCUUAUAAUCUUGUCUCUGCUUAUUGCUUAUUUUGACAUUUUAAUUUUUCUGUCUUAUCCCUAUAAACAUGGAUGGUCUGAGGUGAAGACAGCGGCAUUUACAGUUCCCCUGAUCCGCCACUGAAAGUGUACUUGGUUUCGUCUUUGUAUUUAUUGUGUGGUGAUGAUAAUUUUGGCUUAUGGUUCAGUCCCACAUGCCAUGUUGAUUUUUUUUUUUCCAUUUCUUUGUCAUUACUUUUUUUUUAUGAGCAAUUUGUAAAAACUUGAAACCUCCCUUGCAUAUGUUGUUCUGCCACAAAUAUUUACAAUAUAGAUUCACUUAGUGCACUAUCAAGGGUUUUAAUUAUCACCACUUGCAUGACUUCUUACAACCAUGAUAUUACAUUAAGUGAAUAUCUGUUGAAAAUAUUUGUAGCAGAACAGCAAAUGCAACUGAUGUAUUGAGUUAAAAUUUUAGAAAUGGCCCGUGAAUAAAAGUAACAACCAAAAAACGAAAAAAAAAAAAAAAUCAACAUGGAGUGUGAGGUGGAGCCAUAAGCGACUUACACUCACAGCAAGCGAAAGUGCUGUUAUCUAUGUGGCAGCGUGUUACAGUAAGCAUACUCUCCUACAAAACUGUCAAAAUUUAGUGAAGCAACGUGACACAGACUUAAAUUUUGUAAUUUGCAUCCACAUACAAACAUUCACAAUAUCUUUUUUAUUGCUUCUUUCUUCAACUACUGUCAUAUUGCAUUAUAACAUUAUAAGACACAAAAUUUUGCACAACAUUCCAGGGAAAGUCAAGUUAGUUACUGUUUUUUUUUCAUUCAAAAUUGUUAUAUGAAAUAGAGAUAUUUUUAUGUUCAUGGAAGCAAUUUAUGUAAUUAAAAUAUUUUAAUUUCUUUUCUUAGUUAGAAACUUGGCAAUUUGAAAGACUUUUCAGAAAUUGUGUUCUAGUAAAAGACGUGAAUAUAAUGUGUGUGGUAAAUUGUUAAUUGGCCUAUAUUUAUAUGUAUAUUACUUUAUUUAUAUUUACCUAUGGCCUAUGUUUUAUGUUUACAUAUCGCUAUCAAUUGCAUGUACCAUUUAUAAUACUCAUUAUUAUGUUGUAUAAAUAUAUUCCUUACUACCCUAAUUAUAUUAAAUGUAAUAUUUGCACUAGUUGCAUCGUUGAAUAGUUGUGUAUCAUGUGUAUCCAUUUAGUUAACAUGUAUGCAUAUAGAGAUAUUAUUUAUUUGCCUCACUAGUGUAGUAUUUGCUUGUUCGCUAUUUGUAUUAUCUGAUUUUUCAUGCAUUUCGGUUAGAUCUGACAUUUUGACAUUAUUUUGAGAAUUCUGUUUGAUAAAAUUGUUGCAGUGAAAUGAAUUUUUUCAUCUUGUACCAAGUAUGUACAGUGUUUUACACAUGAGAAAUUAUUAUAAACAUAAGAAAUGAGUGAUGAUUUUACUAAAUGUAAAAAGAAUUAAAGUUCUUUGAGCC